CUACACUGCAGCUGCAGCUGCAGCUGCUACCUCUUUCAUCUCACUUGAGCCUAGCCUCCAUUGCCAGCUUCAUCAGAUGCUUUGAUUUGCUUAACACAAGCUUAAUUCCAUCACCUGCUUGCUGUUAAUUACACCUAUCUAGAUAGUUCUUGCUAAUUUGAGCUGAAGCAGCUGCAGCUGCUGCAACUCAUUGCUUCUUCCAUCCAUGGGGUUCCAAGAAGUGAAGAGGAAGCUGCAUCUCCAUGGCAGCGUGCAAGUGGAAGGCCAAGCGGACAGCGGCGAGAAGGAGGAGGCAGUGUGGGUGCUGGCCGCCGGCGAGAUGACGCUGCCGCUGCCGGUGCAGCUCAGGCCUGUCAAGGUCAGCCGGCGACGGCGGCACGGCGGCGGCGGCGGCGAGGGUGACGAGGAGGACGAGGAGGACGAGGUGACGACGCCGAGAGGGGAAGGGUGCAGGAUACCGGCAGAGGCGGCGACGUGCCCGCCGGCGCCCAAGAAGCCGAGGGCGGCGGCGGUGUCGAUCGUCGCCGGCCGCCGGUGCAACUGCGACGACGGCGGCGACUCGCUGGAGUUCUUCCGCGUGCCGGCGGAUUUGGAGGCCGUAUUUGUCAACCGAGUUGCAAAGGCAAAUUGAUCAAAAUUCAUUUCAAGAUGAAAUCGUCUUGAAUUUAAGUGUAAUUUGAUCCCAAGGCUAGCUGAAGAUCACUGCAAUUAGUGGUGUGUGCAGUGCAUGCAUGGGUGAGUGAGAUCAGUGCAGCUGUAAAAAAAUUUCUCUUUGUAGCACAUGAUCAUAGUGUGAGUGCUCAAUUUGUAAUUUAGAUAAUCCAUGAUUUGAUCCAUCCCUUUUGAUUGAUCAUUUCUUGAAGAAUUAAUCAAGAGACAUUUGCAAUUUUUUUCUCUCUCUUGCAUUAUUUGCUUGGUGAUUUCUUUAUUUUCUUCCAUUAUAGCGUUAGGAGAGAAAUGGGUACAUAUGUCCAUGUUCCUACACAAAUUAUUGGAAAUU